UGGUUUUUAGAAUGUACCACUACCACUCGUGUCUCUUCAUAUUUGGUUUUUCCGGUACUUCACCAUGCCAUCAUUCGAUACUAUCCUCCUUCGGGAUUUGGUAGCUGCAGCCUGCCUCUUCUUUAUCACACGUUAUUUCAUCCGUCGUCUUCUCAGUAACCCCAAACGAACACUUCCUCCUGGUCCGAAAGGGUGGCCGAUUGUGGGUGCUCUUCCACUCUUAGGUUCCAUGCCCCAUGUCGAACUAGCCAAGUUAGCCAAGAAGUAUGGACCUGUAAUGUACCUCAAAAUGGGAACCUGCAACAUGGUGGUGGCUUCAACCCCGGAUGCCGCUCGAGCUUUCCUUAAGACCCUUGACUUGAAUUUCUCUAAUCGACCAUCCAAUGCUGGUGCCACCCACAUAGCCUAUAACUCUCAAGACAUGGUGUUUGCGGAGUAUGGUCCGAGGUGGAAAUUGCUUCGUAAACUGAGUAACCUCCACAUGCUUGGUGGCAAAGCCCUUGAGGAUUGGUCCCAAGUCCGGGCUGUUGAGCUAGGCCAUAUGCUUCGGGCCAUGUGCGAGUCUAGCCGAAAGGGUGAGCCAGUGGUGGUGCCGGAAAUGUUGACGUAUGCCAUGGCCAACAUGAUCGGGCAAGUGAUACUGAGUCGGCGAGUAUUCGUGACCAAAGGGUCGGAGUCGAACGAGUUCAAGGACAUGGUGGUGGAGCUCAUGACGUCCGCCGGCCUCUUCAAUAUAGGUGACUUUAUACCUUCCAUUGCGUGGAUGGAUUUACAAGGGAUUGAAGGCGAGAUGAAGAAAUUACAUAACAGAUGGGAUGUACUUUUGACAAAGAUGAUGAAAGAGCAUGAGGAAACAGCUUAUGAACGCAAGGGGAAGCCUGAUUUUCUUGAUAUAAUUAUGGAUAACAGAGAAAACUCUGCAGGGGAAAGGCUUAGUUUGACCAAUGUCAAGGCGCUUCUGUUGAAUCUAUUCACAGCUGGCACCGACACAUCCUCAAGCAUAAUCGAAUGGGCUUUAGCUGAAAUCCUGAAGAACCCAAAAAUACUGAACAAAGCUCACGAGGAGAUGGAUAAGGUGAUUGGCAGAAACCGAAGGCUUGAAGAAUCCGACAUACCCAAGCUUCCCUAUCUUCAAGCCAUUUGCAAAGAGACUUUCCGAAAGCAUCCAUCUACUCCCUUGAACUUGCCUCGAGUGUCCACCCAGGCUUGCGAGAUCAAUGGCUACUACAUCCCCAAAAACACCAGGCUGAGUGUCAACAUUUGGGCCAUUGGCCGAGACCCUGACGUGUGGGGCAACCCACUGGAUUUCACCCCUGAAAGGUUUCUGAGUGGGAGAUUUGCCAAAAUCGACCCACGAGGGAACGACUUUGAGUUGAUUCCAUUUGGUGCUGGGCGAAGAAUCUGUGCUGGAACCAGGAUGGGGAUCGUGCUGGUUGAGUACAUCUUAGGCACUUUGUUACACUCUUUCGACUGGAUGCUUCCUCCCGGUAAUGGGGAAUUAAACAUGGAUGAGGCCUUUGGGCUUGCUUUGCAAAAGGCCGUGCCUCUUUCUGCCAUGGUUCGCCCACGCCUCGCACCAACUGCUUAUGUUUCCUAAGCACAUCCCUUGCCUUAUCACUGCUCAUUUUUCCUACUUCUGCUGCUUGUGUUAUCUGAUAUUCAAGCUUGAUGUGAUGUGUAUCAAUUGAUGCAUCUUUUAGUUUCAAUUCUACUCUAAAAACAAUCUUGCAUGCCUUUC